UCCAUUCCUAAGGAGUUAGGAAAAUUGACAUCUCUUCAAGGGUUAUGGUUGUAUUCAAAUAACCUUAGUGGUCAAAUUCCUAUCUCACUUGGGAACUUGCAAAAUUUAAAAUUCUUGUCUCUUUACACCAACAAUCUAUCAGGCGAUAUCCCUCAAGAACUUGGAUUAUUAAAAUCUCUUGUUGUGUGUUCUCUGUCAUCAAACGCUCUCACGGGUCAAAUUCCUCCGGAAAUAGGGAACUUGUCAAUGUUGGUAAAUUUAUCUCUGUGGGCAAAUCAGCUCUAUGGAUCCAUUCCUAAGGAGUUAGGAAAAUUGACAUCUCUUCAAGGGUUAUGGUUGUAUUCAAAUAAACUUACUGGUCAAAUUCCUUCAGAAAUAGGGAAUUUGUCAAGGUUGACACAUAUAAGUCUAUUUAUGAAUCAAUUGCAUGGAUCUAUCCCUAAGGAGUUGGGGAAACUAAAAUCUCUUCAGGAGUUUGAGCUACAUUUUAAUAAUCUCAAUGGAAAAAUUCCAUCUGAAUUUGAUAAUAUCACUCAUUUAAGAGUAUUUAAUUUUGGCAGUAAUCACCUCACGGGUUAUUUGCCAGAGAAUUUGUGUGUAGGCCAGUCACUGAAAAUUAUAACUACUGAUCACAACAAAUUUAGUGGAAAUAUUCCCAAAAGCUUGAAGAACUGUACAACACUUUACAGAGUUAGGCUUGAUAGAAAUGACUUUUCUGGAGAUGUAUCAAAAGCUUUUGGGAUAUAUCCAACCCUAAAUUAUAUAGAUUUGAGUUACAAUAACUUUUAUGGCCAAUUGUCCUCAAAUUGGGCUCUUUGUCCAAAUCUUACUGCAUUGAAGAUAGCGGGCAAUAAAAUUCUUGGAAAUAUCCCAUUUGAUCUCGGCAAUGCACCUGUACUGCAGUAUCUCGAUCUCUCGUCAAAUCAGUUGGUCGGAAGGAUUCCCACAAGUUUGGGAAAGUUGAGCAAGUUAUAUGUGCUGAAGUUAGAUAAUAACAAACUUACUGGCAACAUACCACUAGAAGUUGGACAACUAUCUUUGCUUUCAGAGCUAAACUUAGCUUCUAAUAAGUUUGUUGACUCAAUUCCCCCACAAAUUGGAAGAUGUCAACGCCUAAUUACAUUGAAUUUGAGCAAAAAUAUGCUUGUGGGCAAAAUCCCUCCUGAUAUGCUAAGCUUGAAAUCCCUUGAAAAUCUUGAUCUCAGUCACAACAUGUUCUCUGCUCAGAUACCACCACAAAUUGGAGGAUUAACAAACUUACAGACAUUGGACUUAUCACACAAUAAUUUGUCAGGCUCCAUCCCAUCAAGCAUUGCUCAAUGUGCAGCAUUAGUUUCUGUUGAUAUAUCUUACAAUCACUUGGAAGGUCCUAUCCCUAACAACAAAGCAUUUUUACAAGCACCAUAUUCCGCCUUAAGCAAUAACAAAGGUUUAUGUGGCAAUCAUUCUGGCUUAAAGCCUUGCUCCUCGCUCAGCCAAAGUGAUGGAAAAAACAGAAAUUUGGUUGUAAUCAUAUCAGUAGUCUUGGGAAGUUUCUUUCUAUUGACGGUGGUUAUUAUCAUUUUUGUUAUUUUUCCACGACAGAAGAGAAAUACAAUGGAGGAGGAAAGAGAUUUUACUAAAGAUUUGUUCACAAUAUGGAGCUUUGAUGGAAAGAUGACAUAUGAAAGCAUAAUUGAAGCAACAGGGAACUUCGACUCUAGUUAUUGCAUUGGUGUAGGAGGGCAUGGAAGUGUGUUUAGGGCUGAGCUUCCUAGUGGUCAGAUAGUUGCCGUGAAGAAGUUUCAUACAUUAGGCAUGCAAGAUGAUGAAAGCUGGCAUGAUCUCAGAAGUUUUUCAAAUGAGAUAAGCGCAUUAACAAAUUUGAGACAUCGAAAUAUUGUGAAGCUCUAUGGCUUUUGUGCUCACAAUAGACAUUCAUUCUUGAUUUAUGAGUAUUUACAAGGGGGGAGUCUAGCACAAAUUUUGAGUGAUGAUGAGAAAGCAUUGCAGGUGGGAUGGUUGGAAAGGAUAAAUGUGGUCAAAGCUGUGGCUAAAGCUUUAUCAUACAUGCACCAUGAUUGUUUGCCUCCUAUUAUUCAUCGGGACAUAUCAAGCAACAAUAUUAUGUUCGAUUCUGAGCAUGAAGCUCAUGUAUCCGAUUUUGGGACAGCAAGAUUUUUGAGCCUUGAUUCAUCAAAUUGGACUUCAAUUGCUGGAACCAUGGGAUAUACAGCUCCAGAGUUUGCUUACACUGCAGAGGUAAACUGCAAAUGUGAUGUGUAUAGCUUUGGUGUGGUAACACUUGAAGUGAUUAUGGGGAAACAUCCUGGAGACCUCAUUACAUGCCUUUCUUCAUCCUCAUUUUCAGCAAUUGAUGGCAUGCUUUUUAAGGAUCUGUUAGAUCCUCGACUACCUACUCCAAAAAGAAAUGUCACACAACAACUCGUGUUGGUAGCAAAGAUAGCAGUAUCUUGUAUGAAUUCCAAUCCACAAUAUCGGCCAACUAUGCAACAAGUUUCUAUGUUGCUAUCCAAGGAAAGGGAUUUUCCCAAUUUUUCCCCUGAUAUCACCUUAAGCCAGUUGUUUGAUCUUGAAUUUCCAAAUCCAUAAUUUUUACACUAUUUAAGUUUGGAACAAUGUAUGUGGUUUUAACAUGAGGAUGUAUAAGGAAGUAGGCAAUAUUGGAACCAGUACGUAGAUCAUCAGAAACAAAUGGUAGCAAAUCCAUAUAUGGAGGCUCAUGUUUCAACCUGGUGGAUUA